AUGCACGCCGCCCUGGCGGGGCCGCUGCUCGCCGCCCUCCUGGCCACCGCCCGCGCCCGCCCGCAGCCCCCGGACGGAGGACAGUGCCGGCCGCCCGGAUCGCAGAGGGACCUGAACUCCUUCCUGUGGACUAUUCGGCGCGACCCUCCAGCGUACCUGUUUGGUACCAUCCAUGUCCCAUACACCCGCGUGUGGGACUUUAUCCCAGACAACUCCAAGGCGGCCUUUCAGGCCAGCGCCAGGGUCUACUUCGAGCUGGAUCUGACGGAUCCCUACACCAUCUCGGCGCUGGCCAGCUGCCAGCUGCUGCCCCACGGGGAGAACCUGCAGGACGUGCUGCCCCGGGAGCUGUACUGGCGCCUGAAGCGCCACCUGGACUACGUGAAACUGAUGAUGCCCUCGUGGAUGACGCCCGCACAGCGGGGCAAGGGGCUGUAUGCGGACUAUUUGUUCAACGCCAUCGCGGGCAACUGGGAGCGCAAGAGGCCUGUGUGGGUGAUGCUCAUGGUGAACUCGCUCACGGAGACGGACGUGCGCUCCCGCGGUGUGCCUGUGCUGGACCUCUACCUGGCGCAGCAGGCCGAGAAGAUGAAGAAGAGCACCGGGGCGGUGGAGCGAGUGGAGGAGCAGUGUCACCCCCUCAAUGGGCUCAACUUCUCCCAGGUGCUGUUUGCCCUGAACCAGACGCUGCUGCAGCACGAGAGCGUGCGGGCAGGGAGCCUGCAGGCGCCGUAUACCACAGAGGACCUCAUCAAGCACUACAACUGUGGGGACCUCGGUGCCGUCAUCUUCAACCACGACACGUCCCAGUUGCCCAACUUCAUCAACACCACCCUCCCGCCGCACGAGCAGGUGACAGCGCAGGAAAUCGACAGCUACUUCCGCCAGGAGCUGAUCUACAAGAGGAACGAGCGGAUGGGGAAGAGGGUCAUGGCCCUUCUGCAGGAGAAUGAAGACAAGAUCUGCUUCUUUGCCUUCGGAGCAGGUCAUUUUCUGGGGAACAACACUGUCAUCGACGUCCUGCGGCAGGCAGGGCUGGAAGUGGAGCACAUACCCGCAGGGCAGCCCAUCCACAGCCUGGCUGCCCGAAGCCCAGCACCUCCUCCCGAGGGAACCUCGGAGAGCCCGGCCUCGGUGACUCCAGCUGCUGCCAUCCCCGUGGCGCCCUCCUCAACCCCCACCACGCUGCCUGAGGAGGAGGACCCAGCCCUGUCCCCACACCUCCUGCUCCCCGACAGUCUCAGCCAGCUGGAGGAGUUCGGGCGGCAGAAGAAGUGGCACAAGAGGCAGAACAAACAGCAGCGGCCGAGGCAGUUCAAUGACCUCUGGGUUCGCAUCGAGAACAGCACCACUGCCUCACCAGCCCCACUGCCCCUCCAGCCCACGCACAACUCUGGAACUGCCAGACCCCCCCUCCAGCUCUCUGACCAGCGCCAGCCCCAAGGCCAUCUGCGUCCUGCCAACAGCUCAGCAUGUAGCCACCCACGACUCAUCCGGGGCUUCCUCAUUGCCGUCACUGCCAGCAUCGCCACCACGCCCCUGCUGCACAUACUCGGGCCCUCCUGACCCCUGCUCUCGAUGCAGACAAGCCAGAGACACAGCGGAGGGUCUGCAGCCACCACCCACAGCUCCUGCCACCACUUCCAGGGGUGUCUGACCCCUCAUGGGCAAUCCAGGUGGGACCGGUUAGAACAUUAGAGCUUUGUUCUGCCCACUUACAUCUUCUUUUUUGUAGAAGGAUCUUAAUUUCCCAUAGUGCUAUGGGGCUUUUUUGUAAAGAUAUGUGUUCAUAUUAAAAAAAAGGAAAAAAUGUA